CGAGAACUUGUGGGAGGGAGGAGGCUGGGCAAACCUCAGGCUCCACAUCAAGGUACCUGCCUUCCACCCGCCGCCCGCCAGACGCGCCUUUCGCAACUCUUUCUCUCUUGUUUCCAUCGCACCACACCAACCACCCUUUCUCCUUCGCUUUGGUUGUGUUCCCCCCUUCUAUACCCACCUUGUUGGGAUUGAUUUUGUAUCGCAGUCGAUGCGAUUAUUGAUUUACUAUCGACUGGAUCUGUUGCUGCUCUGAGUUCAGCUGUUUUCCUUGUCUUUUUGGACGCCUUUAGGGGCAGGAAAUCAAUCGCCGAUCCUUCGGUGUUGACCGUGUUAUUCGGAUACCGCGCGUCACCAACCUCGUUGCCAGGGACCUCCCAAACAAUUCACCCCGCACUAGGCGGGCAUCUUUUUGGAUAUUUGAUUGCAUUAACCAUUUGGUCUUUGAUCCAUACCACGUUUGACAAUGUUCUACUCCGAGACCCUGCUGUCCAAGACCGGGCCGCUGGCCCGCGUCUGGUUGUCGGCCAACCUUGAGCGCAAGCUUUCGAAAUCUCAUAUUUUGCAGUCGGAUAUCGAGAGCAGUGUCAAUGCCAUUGUUGAUCAAGGGCAGGCUCCGAUGGCUCUACGACUUAGUGGUCAGUUGUUGUUGGGUGUGGUUCGGAUCUACAGCAGAAAGGCCCGAUAUCUUUUGGACGACUGCAACGAGGCUUUGAUGAAGAUUAAGAUGGCGUUCCGUUUGACAAACAACAAUGACUUGACAUCUACCGUUGUCGCUCCUGGCGGCAUCACUUUACCUGAUGUGCUUACCGAAUCUGAUUUGUUUAUGAACUUGGACUCCUCUUUGCUUCUGUCACAGACCCUUAAUCUGGAACCAGAAGGCAAACGGCAGGGACACUCGAUGGAUUUUGGAAGUCAACUGCUACCUGAUAGUAGCUUCCGACGAUCUGUUUCUCAAGAGCCACCACGCUUAGAGGACCACACAUUAGUUGAUUUGAACUUUGGCGAUGAUGAUGAUACCCAUAUCGGCCGUGACUUCAGCAUGGAAGUUGGUCGAGAUGCUCCCGCUCCCCGCCCCUUCGAAGACGACCUCCUCAGUGACGCCGGCAAGUUCAACGACGUUGACUUGCAGCUGGACCUCGGUGAGGAUGACGCUCCUCUGGAUAAGAUGGACCUUGGUGAAGAUGGCUCCCAGGAUCACUUCAAUUUCGAUGAAACUUUGGAUCUCGGUGGCGACGAGGAGCUCACACGCGAAGCUGAAGAACGCCGACAGCAACGCGACUCUGAAUCCGCAAUGACGGAACUUUCCGAGGAAGAACUCAACAGACUCGAGGCGGAAGAUUUAAAGCUGUCGAAGGGAGGACGAGGAAUUCUGGACGAGGAGUACGCCGACGGCGAACACGAAGAUGGCGAACAGGAUGAUGACGUUACCGUUCAACAAGCACAGCGUGCCAAGCGACGAAAGGUGAUGCCGGUCAUGGAUUUGGAUGAGGCCAUUGACUUUAAGCCCAGUCAUAUUAAAGAACAACAGGCAGAUCGAUCUGGAAUCUUGAAACCGGCAGCGUUCUUGCCUCGGGAUCCUGUUCUUCUUACCUUGAUGAACAUGCAAAGGAACGGCGACUUUGUGUCAAACGUCCUUGGCGCGGGCCGCGGACGUGGUUGGGCCCCCGAGCUUCGUGAUCUACUUUCAUUCGAUGCCAUCAAGAAGGCAGGUGAAUUGAAGAGAAAGCGCGACAGCGGCAUCGCCGAUAUGGAUGUAGCCGUAGCCACUGCUCCUGCUCUGGAAUUUGGCGAGGAGGAAGCCAUCGUGCCGGUGGACGAAGGAGUUGGUCUCGACUCGACCCUUCACCAGCGGUCGGAGAUUGAGUUUCCCGGAGACGAGGAGGAACAGGGACUGCAUAUGAGCGACGAUGAGGGCAUGCAUCACCCUAUGGAAGAGAUGGAUGCUACGACUGUGCACCCCGUGGAUAGCGGCCCGGUCUCCGUUGGUACCAAACACGCCGUCCACAUCCUCCGCGACGCAUUGGGCGAGUCCGCCGCCGACAAAAAGAAGAGCGUCAAGUUCCAGGAUCUCUUACCCGAGAAGAGGACGAGCAAGGCUGAUGCCACCAAGAUGUUCUUCGAAGUUUUGGUUCUGGCCACCAAGGACGCAGUCAAGGUUGAGCAGGGUACUGACUCUGUUGGCGGUCCUAUCAAGAUCCGCGGGAAGCGUGCGCUCUGGGGCUCGUGGGCGGAAGAGAAUGCGAGCGGAGAGGCUGCUAGCCAGCCCACUGAGGUCGCGGCCUAAGCACGUCUUACAUACCCUUUUCGUGUUGUGGCAAUGUCCAUUGUUUCAUGUACAGUUGACUCGUUUGUUCUUGAUUUUCCAUUCCGGCUGGUUCGAAUUGAGGCUGGUUUGCCUUUUCAGCAGGAUUGCUUCUGUGUAUUGCUCCGAGUGAGUUAAUGGUGUUUCGGGGAUUUGUUUUUGGGAGCUGAAAAGGCGGCUACUGAUCGGUUCUUUUGCGGUUCAUCCAGAGCUGCAAUUGCUAUUCUGUUGGGAUUAUUUGGGCUAUUGUUUGUAUGGAAUUAUGGGUAGGUAGCUUUAGGAUUUAGAGAUUGUCUGUAAUGGCACCAUUCCAUGCACGCAGUCGG